AUGGUGGGGCGCCACUCGGCCCAGAGACCAACAGGGUGGGGCGCCAGUCGGCUCAGACCAACAGGGUGGGGCGCCAGUCGGACCAUAGACCAAUUAGGUGGGGCGCCACUCGGCUCAGACCAACAGAGUGGGGAGCCACUCGGCUCAGACCAACAGGGUGGGGCGCCACUCGGCCCAGAGACCAACAGGGUGGGGCGCCACUCGGCUCAGACCAACAGGGUGGGACGCCACUCGGCCCAGAGACCAACAGGGUGGGGCGCCACUCGGCCCAGAGACCAACAGGGUGGGGCGCCACUCGGCCCAGAGACCAACAGGGUGGGGCGCCACUCGGCUCAGACCAACAGGGUGGAGCGCCACUCAGCCCAGAGACCAGUAGGAUGGGGCGCCACUCGGCUCAGACCAACAGGGUGGGACGCCACUCGGCCCAGAGACCAACAGGGUGGGGCGCCACUCGGCCCAGAGACCAACAGGGUGGGGCGCCACUCGGCUCAGACCAACAGGAUGGGGCGCCACUCAGCCCAGAGACCAGUAGGAUGGGGCGCAACUCGGCCCAGAGAACAACGGGGUGGGGCGCCACUUGGCCCAGAGACCAACGGGGUGGGGCGCUGCGCCAGUCGGACCAGAGACCAGCAGGGUUGGGCGCCACUCAGCCCAGCACCCCCAGGUCAGCUAGUAUUUGUUGACCUGGGCCAGUUAUGUCCCCUGACCCCGAGGCUAUAA